CCAGCAUUCGAUUCGGGUGCAUUUUCCUCUCGGAGUUGAAAGUCGGGAACGGCAAGUGAAGUCCUAGCAGUUGAUCCGUGUGUUACCACGAAAUGCAUAACUAUCGGAAAUAAGUGGAAUCCAAUCAAUCACUGAUCGUAGUUUUGUGCAGGGAAACGGCUGGAAAAUUCAACAGAGAUCGUGGAGUGGUGGCUUAGAAAAAAAAUCUGUCUCACUAGAAGUGCUCCAAUUAUUUGCUCGCUCGAGUACUAAUUAAUCGAUAGCAAAUGAUGUAACCGGCGACGGUAGGCCAUUAGUUUCAAGCCAGACGCAGUGCGGCGAAUUAUGCGCCUAUGAAUAAUUAUUCGAAACAAAAAAAAAGUGAUCGUGAGUGUAACGAACCCCUUGUGCUUGGAUCAAGCCGACUGUGAACCAAUUCCGUCAGUUUUUGUCCGACGUUCCUUCGAGUGCAAAUUGCCACAAUCGCCAGUCGACUGCUAGCCAAUUUCGUUUGGUCUUCCUGCCUGCCAAAACGGACUGCAGCGAGUAGAAGAAACACUUUUCCGACUUUUCUUCGCACCUAAACUGCCCAACGGUAGCUCCACGAUAUCAUUUGUGAUAUCAAAUCGACACACCGAAAAUGGGAAACAUUUUCCUGCUGCUCUGUGGGCUCUAUCUGAUAUAUCUGGAUAAGGUCAAUGCAUCCUGGGGAACACCGGACAGUAAUCAAUACCACAUUCAAACAGACGAGGGCCCCGAACGAUAUUUUAAGUAUCAAACCGACAAUGGUCAGUAUCGGAAGGAGAAGCGUCUACAAGAUGGAACAGUGAUAGGAACCGAUGCCUGGAUAGAUGCGUCGGGUUACCUCCGCCAGAAGGAUUACAUCGCUGAUGACAAAGGCUAUCGGAUAUUGAAAUCCAAAACGGUGUAUGUCGGAAGGGAUCUUCCGAUUCAGGACGCCAUGAAAUCCGUCAAGAAUCGGCCGGCUAACUCCGGUGUUUUGGUGCCACACGGUCCAGCUUAUUCCCCACCGGUAUCACCGCGACCGGUUGCCAUUGCACCACAACCUCCCGCACCGGUAGCUCGACCCGUAACCCCAACUGGCAUCAAAGCUGUCUUCAUAAGGCCUCACUCACAGCCCGUUAAUACAAACUAUCUGCCAGCAGAUAUUGCAAACGAUCAAUAUUUACCGCCUAGCAGACAUUACCCAGCAAGCACGCCAAGACCUAAUAGCUUUAUACCGUCCAGCACGCCAUACUCUCCGCUAGCAGGAAACGAUAUUUCCUCAACUCCGAUCGCCGUAUAUGCUCCAGGUUCAACGCCUUCGCCUUUAGCCGAUAGUUCGCAAGCUCAUCUACCACCGCUGGUUAUCUACAACAGCGGAACGAGACAACCGAAUGAAUUCGAAAACCUAACACCUCGACCGGAAGACUCUUACAGCUAUCAGCUCAGCAAUGAUCUUCUACCUCCGAAACAGGCAAUCUACCGUGUCAUACCCUACUCUACACCCUUCCCGCACAGGAGACGACUUCAGCAAGAAAGGAGACGUCCCUACGUAACGCCGAUCACAAUCACUUCAGCGGCUCCUUUCAUCGAGCGAGCUACCCCAGCUCCCAAGCCGUUGGUUCUUCCAAUCUCCGAUAACAACCUGGAACCCUUCACCCGAGAUUUUCUAGAACCUCCGCCGAACUACCAGGGCUACCAACCCCUUCGACGGGACGAUCACACCUACGACGGAGUGUCGGUAACAAACGACGGUUUCCGUUAUUAUCUACCGCGACAUUACCACGAAGAAUCCAACUCCGGCGGCUCAACCCGAGAAGGUAGUUUCGGUUAUAUCGACCCCUUUGGUAUUCGCAGGGUUGUAUAUUAUAAUACCGCACCCGGUAAGGGAUUCGUCCACCGGAAAAACAACCGUUUCGUGGGCUUCAAUGCAACUCCGUACGAUCCGCGGCCGGUUUAAAAUCGUUGCAGAAAGAUGCCCACACAAAUCAUCCCCCGCCACCCCUUUAAUCAGCCAAGUUCUUACGCUUUCAUUAAAUUAUUUAUUAGCACUAGUUCGACCUACGGUAGUAGGUUUUACUUGAACGAUUUCAAUCACGAGAUCGGGUUCCUCCGGUUGCUUGUCAGUUGGUGGUCAACAGAUGUGCGGAGGCGAUGUCAAUUCUGGCGGUGAUUACCACCGCGCUGCCACGAGCGACACUGACAAAGUGGAGCAAACAGUGGAAUUCAAUUUUGCAGCGAUCGUUUGGACCGUAAGUAUGCAGGCCAAAUGGACUGACCCUCCCCCCAUGUGCAAGUUGACACUGUUGACCUCCACGCGCAGACCAACGGUGCCCACUCGUUUCGAUGGUUUCGAGGGCUGUUGACAAUCCUGCCAAUCAGAACGAAGCACGCACAGACAGAGAGCACGGUGUUCCGAGAGGAUGUUAUUUUUUUGGUAAGGGUCUUUACAAUCUAAAUAUUGAUUCCAUUCAAUCUUUAAACUGGAAACCGUCACAAAAUCAAAACAUUAAAUGCAAGCACCACCGCUUGCUACGACGAGCAUUACUCAUGCUUUGUCGGUUGGCGCCUCUUUUCAACACGACGUAGACUGCUCAAGGUUACAGGGCCUGUUGGUUCCAUAAAUUUUUGGCUGUUGCUGAUUUCCAUGCGAUAUAAUUCAGUGACGAUACGCGCGGUUCAGUUUUUGUAGUCGUCACUCACGAAACAGUACAGUAGCUCAAUUUAACUAUGGAAACGAAACCAAAACCAGCUGCAAAUCAUGAACUUAAUGUGCAACUGAGAAUGAUUUCUGACUUUUUAUUCAACACUGUGAUCGGUUCCUGGAAAACGGUGGGGCGAUAUAAUUAACAAUUGAAUUAAAUAAACAGACGUGAGUCAUUUUUAGUACCGCUGACCUCGUCGCAGAUAUGAAAUAAAUGUAAACUGCGCUGAGUAUUUCUCGGCGUUCGUUGUCUGUUAUUAAUUUUUUACCCUAAAGGCUAGUCAAGGAGUGCUAUUGAACUUGAUUUUAAUGUUGAUUGGAAUCAUUAUUGUCGAAUGAUGUUACAUAUUUGUUAGAUGCAUUAACAGAACCUGUUCCAGUGAUCCGUGAUCGACCCCAGGUCGAACACUUAAUCACGUAAUCUGUAUUAAUGCAACGCCAGCUUGGGAGAAACAGAGCAGAUGUAAAAACACUUUUAUUUUAAUGAUGUAUAUAUUUUAGUUGGUUCGGCUUAAAUUUGCUACAACUAAGUUCUGAGCGAAAAACAGAUUAAAAAGUCCAAUGCACGGGCGGAGUACAUAAGAGCGCAGGUUCGAGUCCUGCUACUGGUCGUAUCUUUUCUCCAAAAAACUCAUAUUUUCUAUGAGUUUUCAUUUGACUUUACUACAUAUCAAAAUAUUUGUGAAAACAGUCUUGACUAUUUCUUUUGUAUAAUACGACUAAGUUUACAUACUAAAUUUUUAUUUAAGCUAGUAAAAGUCGUUUCAAUGAUUUAUGAGAAAAUAAAGUGAGCUCCAUUUUAAAGAUUUUGACCACUAUUUCUGAUAUCGAAAACUGCAUACCAAUGUGAUAAAAUUUAGUCCAUUCAACCAUCAACUAAUAUGAGCUACAAAUUUAAACAACAUUUAAAUUCUCUGCACCUUCGAUUUCUAUUAAGUUUUGCAAUAAAUGACGAAUGCAGUAUAAUUAAAAACAGUUCGUAUGGCCAUAAACUAACACGACUUUUAAAUUGGAACGGUUUGGAGCCCAACUUAGAAGAUUUUUUACGAAUGCUUAUAUUUUAAAGCAUCCUUGUAAUUCUAGCACCGGAAGUCGGAUUUGGAUCAAAUUCAACAAUUUUUUAUGGAACUUUUAGUCCUUUUAUUCGAAUUUGAAUUUAUGAAAAUCUGAUAGUUUAUUUGGUCAUGAUCUGCGAGCUUGAGAAAUUUACUAGCGAAUUUAAAGAAAUCGCUACUUACCACAUGGUUAUUUAUGAAAAAUACUUGAAAUUGACAUUUUCACACUACGCACCCUAUAUCUCCGGAACCGGGAGCUCAAUCUGAAUUAAAAUCGGAAUUUUCUUAUGGCAUAUUAACACCUUUCAGGUGUACCUGAGAUGGUGUAAAUCUAUUAGGCAAUCUUAGAGAACAGCGGGAAAAAGAGAAAAUUAAGUGAAUUAGAUUUUGUUUAGAUUAUAGAGGUUUUACCCUAAAAGUCAUUCACCUCUUGGGCACAGAAAAACUUUCUGACCCUAUGUGUGGAGUUGAGAAUCGAACCCAGGCGAGCUGCAUGAAAGGAAUCGACUUACCCAUCCCGCUAUACUCGUCUCCAGGGAGUGAAUUUAUUUUAACUGUUUUGGUGCAUCUCACCCUGUUUUUCCGCAACCGGAAGUCAGACUCAGAUAAAAUUCAGAUACUUUGUAGAGGACCAUGAGAUCUUUAAUUUACGUUUGUAAAAAUCAGUUCAGCCAUCUCUGAGAAGAUUAGGUCAAAUCAUUUCAACUAUGUUGGUGCAUAUCAAUCUGUACUUCCCAAAACCAGAAGUUGGAUCCAAAUGUAAUUCAGGAAGUUUGGCCUUUAAUUUAUGUUUGUAAAAAUCAGUUCAGUCAUCUCUGUCGUUCCGGAGCAUCUUCUAUUUGGGACUUUUGUUUUGUAAGAAUCGGUUUAGCCAACUCAGAGAAAAGUGUGUGAGUUUCGUUUUGAAGAUCUUUAAACUACUAUUUCUGGUACUUUCGGAAGUCCGGAAACGGUAUACCCAAUGAGUGUCUGUGUGGUUGUCAGCUUGCCAGACCUAAACAAUAGAGAGGUUUAUUUACUUUUUUUGAGAAACCAGUUCAUCUUUACACUUUCUUCUAUACAAGCAAACUAUUGAAUUUGAAGUUUUUUUAACUCGCCACCCUGUAAUUCCAGGACCGGAAAUCAGAUGCAUAUGAAAUUCAAAAAUUUUCUAUGGAGCAAGUGUGACUUUCAUUUGUUAAAAUAGGCUUAGCCAUCUCGAAGAAGAGUGCAUAUAUUUUUCGUAUAUACUUCACUGUAAUUCCGAAACCGAAAUUCAAAUCCAUACCAAAUUUACAACAAAAAAUCUAUAAGCCAAUAGUACCUUUCAUUUGAGCCUAAGUUUGUGUCAUUCGGUUUAGUCAUCUCCGUGAAAAAUAAUGCAUAAUUUUGUCAUUUACAAUCAAUUUACGCAGUCAUUUACAAUCUUGAUGAACUGAUUCGAAUGGUCUACGACACUCGGCCCUCCAGUCAUUGCAUAGCCUAUCUUUAUGAGAAAAGCGAAACUGUAUAUUGAACGAAUCUACAGUGAGCGCUAAUUUUAUAUACCAGUCGAUUCAACUCAACGAGAUCGGAAAAUGCCUUUUUAUCAAUUUUGGAUUCGUUUAAAAGUUCCUAUCGAUAAAGUUCGGAGAGCAGAUAGAUCUGGUUAUACCCGUAAAAGUGACGUAACCGACAGGUCGCACUUUUUAUAUCCACUAUGUUCAAGGAAAUGCAUAAAUCGAAGUUCUUAGACUCAUUUGGAAGCUUCUCUUGGAUAAAAAGUAAAGUACUAAGUAAAACGGUUCACUACGGAUCCUUUCGCUUCUGGAGAUAUAAUUGUAUUAGUGACGGUGACUCUUUCGGCUCUGGAGAUAUCAUCAUUCAUUCAAUGAACUCGAUGAUCGAGUUCAAAUGUUUUAUAGCUGAUACUUUUGGUACAAAUUUGUGAAUAAUCUCAUAAAUCGGUGUAUUAUUGGGUUUUCCCAAAUUUGUAUUAAAAUAUUAUCUCUAAAAAAUAAUAUUAUUAUGAGACUACUUCACUGGCAAGAGAGAGGCAUAUAUUUUUUUUAAUUUUCGAUUAUAGAGGUUUCAACCUCAGGAUCACUCACCUCUUUGGGUCAGAAAAACUUUCUGAAACCUAUGUGCGGGGUUGGGAAUCAAACCCAGGUUGGCUGCGUGAAAUACAUCGACUUACCCAUCACGCUAAACCCUUCCCUAGGAAAACAUUAUCUCAUCACUAGGUUGAUUAAAGAACGGGUUUUUGUGAUUUAUUUUUCUCCAGAUUUAACCUUCCUCGAGAGCAAUAUUUUUCUUAAAUCAAAUUACUAUUUCAUUAAUAGAAAAUAAAUAAAAAUUUUAAUUGCCGUUUUGAAAAGUGCGUUCGAGCUUGCAUACAACGGUAACUCACGCGUGCAAAAUUCCACGCCACUAUGAUUUUUGACGAAUUGUCACUUGUAUGCUCUUAUUUUGAAGAUAGCUUGCUCUAGAGCGGAUGUCUUUUCUAUGUGAUAUUACUUUUGACCUUCAAUUUUUAUGGUCCCAUACGUAGCUCCUAAAUUUUAACCGGAUCCUACUCUCGGUUCCGAAGUUACAUGGCGAUUAACGCAAAAAAUAUGAAUAUAUAUGAACUAAAAAACUUUCUGAAACCUAUGUGCGGGGUUGGGAAUCAAACCCAGGUUGGCUGCGUGAAAUACAUCGACUUACCCAUCACGCUAAACCCGUCCCUAGGAAAACAUUAUCUCAUUACUGGGUUGAUUAAGGAACGGGUUUUUGUGAUUUAUUUUUCUUCAGAUUUAACCUUCCUCGAGAGCAAUAUUUUUCUUAAAUCAAAUUACUUUUUCAUUAAUUUAUUUACCAUACAGAACAACCCAUGUGAUGUUUUCAAAGUGUGUAAACAUUUCAAUUGCCAUUUUGAAAAGUGCGUUCGAGCUUAAACGGUAACUCACGCAUGCAAAAUUCCACGCCACUAUGAUUUUUGACACAUUUUCACUUGUAUGCUUUUAUUUUGUAGACAGCUUGCUCUAGAUCGGAUGUCUUUUUUUUGUUACAUUACUUUUGACCUUCAAUUUUUAUGGUCCCAUACGUAGCUCCUAAAUUUUAACCGGAUCCUACUCCCGCUUCCGAAAUUACAUGGCAAUUAGUGCGAAAAAUUUGAAAAUAUAUGCACCAACUUUUCUCAGAGAUUGCUGAACCGAACACAAAAUUCGUUUCGAAGAAAGGGAUUUAAGAUGCCUUAAGUAAUUCUGAAUUUUAUUUAGAUCCGGAAUCCGGAUUCACAGGGUGACAAGAGCAAAAUAUUCAAUUUAAAGGUGUUUUAUUGCAGAAGAGUUUUUUUCAAAACUGAUUAGCAAAAUUUUACAGUUUGCAAAUCAUGUUACUUCAUGACCACACAAACUCUGUCCGGCCUUUUCGGUUCCCGGUUGCCGGAUCCGGAAAUACUGGAAAUAGUGACUAAAAACCUCAAAUUUGAGAUUUUUUUGGAGAUAGUUCGACUAAUUUUCACUUAUUUCAAAUGAAAGUGAAAAUUUCGUAGAUAGAGUAACAUUAAAUUUUAUGCGGAUCCGACUUUCGCCUACGGAAUUAUAUGAUAAAAAAUAUUAAAAAUUCCCAUCCAUUUACAGUGACUAUGCCAAGAGAGCAAAAACUCUGCUAAAAUGUUUUUAAAACUAUUUCAAAAUAUGAGUCUUGUUAGUUGACGAAAUUUGUUUGUCUUAGGUACUCUCGGCUUCCGGUUUCGGUCUCCGACUCCCGGUUUCCGGUUCCAGAGGUGUGAUCAAAACUUUCAUAAUGAAGAAAAAUUCCAAAAACGGAACUCACUUCAAUUUCCUCACAACGGUAAGAACGAUUUUCACAAAUCAUAUUAAAACAUACUGUGCAAUUUCAUCCUGAUCUGACUUCCGGUUCCGAAAUUAUAGGGCGAUUCGUGUCAAAACUUUCAAACCGUCGUACAAAAUAAAAAUGCAAAACCGGUACGCAUCGGUAUGAGCAGAUAUACAGAAGAAGAAAACACCACCGCCUUUACGAACGAAACACACAGCGUGCUUUGUUCAAUUUCGUAUAGCGUGUACGGGAGAACGAAAAGAGAACGAAAACAUACAACGUUUUCUAAACACAACCGAAUUCAUCGGCUGUGAUUACAUUGAUAAUUGUUACAAAAAUAAAAAUCCAAUCCCAAAGCAUGCUUCAUUAUGCUGCUCGAAAAGUAUACGUUUCCGUUUGGUAUCAUUUUCGUUUAGUUGACUCAAUCUAAAUAGUUCAUGAGAGGUGAAUCAAUCAGAUUUUAUUCAAACAAUCGUUUUUUCGCUGAGCUUAUUGUAUGUUAGUCGAAAUGUCUAAUCGUCAUAAAAUUUACGACAUAACAUAGAUAAGAACGAAAUUUUUAAAGCAGAUUUUAUUACUAUUUAAACUUGUAACCCUGGCUAUUUGUUAACUGCAAAAACUUUUUACGACUGUGACGGUCUCCGAGGUCCGGCCCUAGAAAAAGAUUGUUGAAAAUUCCGUUGGAACUUGCUUCGAUUUCUAAUGAAAUGGCAUGAAAAAGGCAUCAUUACACCACUUGGUGGAUUAAAACAGUUUUUUUUUCAUUUAAGUGUCCAUGAAAAGUUAUUUGAUGUACCCCACUAGGUACUUUUAAACAGUUUUUUUGUUGCCAAAUAUUACUAUUCAAUUUUAUCUGGAUCCAAGUGUCGGUUUUGGAGUGACGAGUUGGUUCAUCUACACGCAUAGAAUAAAUCGUGUAAGUUUACGUUGCGAAUCACAUUUUUUUUUCAAUUGUGUUAUAUGUAGAUUAGCGUCAUUUAAAAAUUGCACAUAUUUUUGCUGUGUAUGAACUUUCGAAGCAUCCGAUCUCAAGAAACGAAAUAUCAAGCUUCCCUAUGCAUGGAAAUUACCCGUUUUGCGUCAUACGAUCAUGAAUAUCGGAAUUUGAAAUGUACAUAGAGAAAUCUUGUACAAUCUCUUCUGUUGUAUUGUCGUCAACACAGAUGAAAAUAUUUUCUUUAUUUAGUUCUUUUUCAUAUACAUAGAAUUAGUCUCAUGAAAUGAAAAGCAUUUCAGCUCAUUUUCCAUGAAGGGUGGAUUUCAAUCAAAUGUUUAUUUCAAGUGAAGUUUAUGUCUCAUUAUCUUUGAUUGACAUGGGGUAUAAAUUUCAUUAUAUUAUUCUGUGGUAACGAAUCGUUUUUUUUUCGUAUUAAGGGUCAAUUUAAAAAAACGGCCAUUGUUGCAAAACGCAAAAGUAGUUUUCUUUGCUGCAGUUGAACGGAGUUUAACAGAGAAAUAUCUGUUUGUUUGACAUAUUUUUCUGAAUAAAGUGAUGAUUUUUCUUGAAGAUUUAUCAAAUCUUGAAGAAAUCAAAUCAAAUCUAAUUGAAAACAUCAUUUAUUUGAUGAACGUAUUGACUGUUUUCGGAAGUAAAAUAGUUAGUCGGCCUGACAGUAAAGUGCUAGAAGUCUAUCACAAUCCUGUUUUCAUCCAUGACGAGUUCUAUUUGAAGUAUUUACAUCAAAACGUGCGUACGAACCUUCUUAUCUUUAUCUCCACAUCUUUCAAAAUUCAAGCACAAAUUUGAAACACAUUGGAGCAUUUUUUUCAAAAUUACACACAUUCUGUUCAGUAAUCCAGGAUUAGUCAGCAGCCCUCGUGACGACAUCUUCCCAACUUUUCAUAGUUCAACAGAACGCUGCCGCUUCUUGAAAGAAAUUGCCAUAAUGUUAAGAUUUGUGAGCUCUCUCAUUUCUGUGUGUAGUUUGUAAGUUUUGUAAACCAGUAGUAAAUCCAUCCGCUAAACUAAUGUAAGCAGUAGAAAAAAGCUUAAAGUAACUCCCAAGUGAUCAUUAAAAACAUAAUACAAACUGAUUGCCAUAUCUGUAGGAAACCAUAAUAAAACGAGAAUAACAUUCCGAUUCGUUCGAGACUCUCAGGUUCUCCGAUAAUAGACGUUCAUUUGGUACACAGGCGUACUCGACUCACAAAUGGAUCUCCGUUACGGAGAAUUUUCGAACUGGAACCAAACUACUAAUUCGAAUGAAUCGACGAGAAUGCAUCUUACGAAAUCCUCACGCUAAGCGCUAUUUAUAACACUAGCCAGUAAGCUUCGGUAAGACAGCAAGACGAUGUACAUAGACGCAAGAAUAUAGAUCAGUGAUAAACACUUUAUAGCAAGAAAACAAUAAACAUAGCGCCCUGAUCGAACAACUUCAAAA